AUAUACAACAACACAAACAAACACAAUGGGAGGAUUGUUUACGAAAAGUAAAAAACAAAGUCGUGUAACUGAACAAGACAAAGCUGUUUUGCAAUUGAAACAACAAAGAGAUCGACUGAAGCAGUAUCAGAAACGCAUUGAAUUAUCGCUUGAAAACGAUAGACAAUUGGCAAAGAAAUGUCUGGCACAGGGACGGAAAGAACGAGCGAAAUUGUUGCUCCGCAAAAAGAAAUACCAAGAAACUAUGUUGGCAAAUACAGACAAGCAGCUGGAGAAUUUGGAGAAAAUGGCAGCAGAUAUAGAAUUUGCCCAAGUCGAAAUGCAAGUACUGGAUGGCUUGAAACAGGGCAAUGCUGCUUUGAAGAAAAUGCACGAAAUUUUGGAUAUCAAUGAAAUCGAAAAGAUCAUGGACGAGACUCGCGAUGGAAUUGAAAAACAACAAGAAAUCGAUGCUAUACUUUCUGAUGCCCUGACACAACAAGAUGAAGAUGAUGUCUUGGCUGAGUUGGAAGCAUUAGAAGCGGAAGAAGAUGCUAAAAUCACCGAUUCACUGCCUGAAGUUCCAAGUGAUAAAUUGCCCGAAGUGGAAGAGGUUGCUGGCGACGUCGAAGAGGAAUCGGCAAAAGCAAAUGUUAGCAAAGUCAAAGAAAAACCAGCUAAGGUACUAGUGGAAGCCUAG